AUGCCAUCCUCUAUUUGUGCUGAUGUUCCAGCAUACGUUAACGCCUGCCCAUCUGGCACCCCAUUGCUGGCCUCUAAUAAUCGUCCUCGUCCAUGCAAAUUCGGCCCCGGUGCAUGUGGUGCCGGAUAUUGGUGUCAUCUGGGUUUGGUACCCACUGAGUAUCAAUGUUGUCCGGGUGAACCAACAAAUCCGGCCGCAUGUCAAGGAUUGCCGUAUGCAGUGGGCAUCUCAGACUCCCUAGCACCACCUGCCACUCGCUGGUAUUACAACCAACAAACGAAGACAUGCGGAACGUUUCAAUACAAUGGUUUAAAAGGCAAUCAAAACAACUUCUUAACAAAAUCGGAUUGUGAACAAACUUGUCAUACAUACGUGAAUGCUUGCCCAUCUGGCACUCCCUUGUUGGCAGCCAAUAAUCGCCCUCGACCAUGCAAAUUCGGUCCUGGUGCAUGUGGUGCGGGAUAUUGGUGUCAUCUGGGUUUGGUACCGGCUGAAUAUCAGUGUUGUCCGGGUGAACCAACAAAUCCGGCCGCAUGUCAAGGAUUGCCGUAUGCAGUGGGCAUCUCAGACUCCCUAGCACCACCUGCCACUCGCUGACUAUGUAAUUUCGAAAAUUCCAUGCAUCAUGCAUGCACACGUUUGUCCACUUUUGUGUUCAUUCCAGCAUAUGUGAAUGCUUGCCCAUCUGGCACUCCCUUGUUGGCAGCCAAUAAUCGCCCUCGACCAUGUCAAUUCGGCGUAGACGCUUGCGGUGAUGGCUAUUGGUGCCACUUGGGC